AUGGAUUAUCAAAUACAAAUUAAGGAACUCUUGAAAAGGCUCCAUUUGUAGUUGAAGUUUGCUGUCACUCUCUAACCUAAAAUUCAAUUGCUGAAUAAUUUGAUUUUACAAACAAAUGAUUUUUUAGAUCUGUUUGCAUAAUCUAAUUCAAUGAAAAUAAUUACACAGUACUUAAAGGAUGCCUUGAAAUCUAUCUAACCUAAUGAAGAAUUGAUAUAUAAAAUUUUGACUUUAAUAUUGAGGAUGAAUUUAAGUGAAGAAAUAGUUCGAGAAUCUGAAAUUGCUAAGCCUUUAUUAAAAAUCAAAGAUAAAAAACUUUUUGAUAACAUUCGAUCUAAUAUGAUUGAACAAUUAUAAUAGUAAUGGUCAAGGUGCUAUAUUAAAUUCAAGCCAUUGCUUGAAGAAUGGAAAAGAAACAAUAAUUAGAAGGAUAAAUAAGAAGAUCGUAAGAAAAAAGGAAAAAGAAAUUAAUCAUCAAGUUCAAGUGAAUCAUCUAAUAAAAAAAAGAAGAACAAGAAGAAAUUUGUUAGAUUUCAAAGGGAUGAACUUCUACUUAAUUUUAAAUAUUUUAAACGAGAUGACGAACCUAAUCAAAGAGGAAUGACCUUGGAAGAAGUUGCAUAAUUCCAGAAACAAUAUGCUGGAGAAUUAAGGAGAUUUAAUCAAAUAAAUGGAGCUUAUAAUAUCAAGCAUCGAGAAUCAUUAAUGGAAGGAUAAGAACAUAAAUUGCAAUAAGAUAAUAUUCAAUAGAUGUUAGAAUAGAUACCAUUUAUUAAACCUGCAAAACUGUUUUUGUAAUCAUAAAUAAACUAUGACACCAACUACAUUGAGACUGCAGUCUAAUAGAAAAGAACGGAAUCUAAAAUGUCUGCAUUCUAUAAUAGAGAUAGUAUUCCAGAUCAACCAGGGUAUAACGAGAUUUCUAAUACUCAAUCAGGCAUGCAACCAAAAUCAAUCCAUUUAGAUCCACCAAAAAGAGAAGAUCUCAUCUAUAUGGUCUCAAUUAUUUGUAGCAGAGGGCUCAAAGAAAUAGAAGAAAAGAACAAAAAUGCUAAUAAGAAAUAAGUUAAGGGAAUUCUUAAAAAGCCUCCUGAUGAAUAAAUGAAACAGAAGGAUGUUCUCAAUCAAGCUAAGUAAGAUUUACAACCGAAAAUGCAAUAAUUGGUUUAAAUGGUUGAGUAGAAGCAUUAACAUAGCCAGGAAACCAUUUUAACUUUAUUACAUGAUAUUAUAUAAAAAUUAAAGGAUAUUGGUGAGGAAAAAUAUAUAAAAAAUUUUAAAUCUAUCCUUGAAGUAAAAUUGAAUGAUAAAUAAACAAUAAUGAGUGAAGUUGACCGUGUAAAAGCUUAACAGGAUUAACAGAGACUUAGACUUGAGUAGCUAUAGACUAUCAAUCCUGUUUAGGCUCUUCGAUUAAGAGCUUACAAAACCAAGCAUUGUCACAAUUUUCAUUCUUCUUUAGGUUGUACAAGAGGAGAUAAUUGUAACUUCAUUCAUGACUCUCGUUAUCCUGGAAGAACAGCCCCAACUCUUUAAUAUCCAAAUUUUCUAAAUAAAACUUUAUAUCCUUAAUCCAGUAUGGCUAUAAUAGUUCCGCCUUUGCUUCAAUAACUUAAUCCUGAAAUUUUGCUUGGUCGACAGAAAAAAUAUGAAAGUCUAUGA